AUGGCAGCUGAGGACACGCUGACUCCCAUGGACACGAUCGAAGGCACGUCUCACGGCGCCACGUGCCGCAGUCUUGAGCCUCCAAGUCUCAAGCGGAUCGUCCUUAACCCGCGUGCCUACUUGACGCCGUUCGUCGUGCUCGUUGUCGUCCAUCACCUGCCCCUCUUCCUCGCCUACGGACUCAUUGACAAGCCACACGAAGGCUACGAGGACUGCACCCGACUCCGUGACCUUUUCCAGUGGCUGUACGUUUCGUUUUUCCACCACCUCGUGCUGGCCGUCAUGAUGGUGACUGCCGUCGUGUAUACGCUCUCGACGCGCGUGUACCACGAACGUCGACCUGAGGGCUGGCUCAUUCUCAUGGUCUUCUUGGGCUAUGGAGCCAACGCGGGCUGGUCGGCGUAUGGCGAAGCGGGUUUUCGCACCGACACGAGCGUGUGUGGCGACACGAACUGGGAACAAGUUCAAGACCGAGCCGACUUGAUCGGCCACUUCCAGCACUUUGACUUUGUGUUCACGCUCACUGUUAUUUCGGCAGGCACUUGCAUGUCCUAUAUGUGUGGCGUACAUAGUGGAGAUAACGUUGCCGAAGCCGAGACACGCUGGCAAAAUCGCUGCUUGUGCUGCUUCCACGCGUUCACGUGUCAUAAGACGGUAGAGCACGAAGGAGACGAUGACGUGUUUGAGUCGCUGGGACGGGUGCUCGGCAAAUUCUUUGUCGUGCGGUACAAGACGAAUCGAUACGAAGGGUUGAGCUUCACGGACUUGCUGUUCAGCUUGGACCUUGUGUCAAAAGUCCAGGAAAAAGAGCGAGAGCGGGAGACGAAAGAGAAGGAAGAGCUGGCAGCGCGAGGUAUCCCGACUGUCCGGCACUUUGCUCCUGAUGAGGAAGAGAAGCGGUUGAGUGACUUGGCAUUCUACUGCAGAUUGGCGAUUGGCAUCUAUGGCUGGCCUAUAUACGUGUGGUACUCCCCGUGCUAUUGGUUUCGGAUCUUCGGGUGCUUCAAGAAACCCCUAGACGACCAAGUCUUUGAGCAUGACAACUUUCUGCAUGGCAACCGCUCCAGCUUCGUUCACUACACCGGCGUCAAGGAUGCGGAUCUUGUGUACCUCAACUGUCACAAUUUUGUGUUCCAGGCGCCGUACUGCAUUGUAAGGGACAAACAGCGCAAGGAGCUCAUCAUUAGCGUGCGUGGCAGUCUGUCUUUCUAUGACUUUGUGACCGACGGGUUGGCGCAGAUCGUGCACAUGGAUCCCAGUGAACUACCGGAUGAUGUUCCAUACUCAUUCGAUACUCGAACGCACAUGGGCAUGCUUCGUACCGCACGUCAGAUAUUUAGAGAUCUCCAGGAAGGCACCCGAAAGGUUGUGUUCUGGGACUUUGCGACUGCAAACUGCCCAGCCAACGGAUUUACAGAUGACGAGGAAAAGGACUGGAAGAUUGUGGUGUGUGGACACUCGAUGGGUGCUGGGGUUAGCUGCAUUCUCGCGAUCUUACUGCGCAAGAUCUUCCCGAACACAAGAGCAUUUCUGUACGCGACGCCACCGUUGUUCGAUCAUGAUACAGCAGUAUGGACUAAAACAUUUGCAACGACCGUGGUAUACGGCGACGACAUUGUGCCACGGUUAUCCAUCUCGAAUAUGGCUCAGUUGCGUGAUGAGAUGGCUAUUCACUAUGACGCCGUGGCCAACGAACCGCUGUUUAAGGUCAAGUACGGCGUGCACGGGCAGCUGAAAAAGCUAGAGGAAGAACGUCAGCAGCCCGUUGAAGCGGUGGGUCCUGAGCCAGAUAAUUGUGAAGCUCCUGGUCGGCUUCCUACCGUACUUGAAAACGCGCAGCCACAUAGCAGUGGAGAAAUGGUGACAGAUACAAGCUCAGGCUCGAUUGUCAACGUCAAUCCGUUCAUCAGUAACUCGCGUAGGUCAACGGACUUUGGAGCAUCAACUCUCAACGUCAUCAAUCGGCCCUCUCGCGAGCUAAGUAACUCGACGAUGAUCACGCUUCCGCAAGAAGACUCGACACAAGAAGUGGAUGUUCCUGGUGAGAUUGUUCACAUCCAGACCGUGAAGAUGGCGCGUCGCUGUGGCUGUACAGUCUUUCUAGGCGAGCAAAAGCUGCAGUACACGCUACGCGAUGCGAGCUACUUCCGCCGCAUUUGGGUCACGCCUCGUGCAUUGCAGGACCACAUGGUGCACCACUACGACCGCAAGAUCCGCUAUCUCGUGAGCGACUGCAUGGACUUCGAGACGCCGGUGGCCGCCCACCGCCAUAGUACAAGUGCAAUGGCCAGAGCUGGAGGCUCCUGGGUCGACGAUAUUGUUCCUGACGACAGAGACGAGACCCCGGGUUCGCCUUUGGCAGACUUCAAGGAAAUUGCAGCUGUCGUGUGA